CAGUGGACAAAUUGGCAUAAACAGUUCUCCAGACUCCGCAUGAGCGAAGGGUGAGCCGAGAGUACAACACCGACCCGAAGGCACCUCUGCAGGGGGAGCCUGGAGAUUGUCUUUCCUGUCGGAGACUCCAAACCAAACAAAUAGAAAAAAAAAGAAAAACUAUCCAAGAUGACUGUCACUUACUCCAGUAAAGUAGCAAAUGCGACUUUUUUUGGAUUUCAUAGGUUACUCCUCAAGUGGAGAGGCAGCAUCUACAAACUACUAUACAGGGAAUUUAUUGUUUUUGCUGUACUUUACACAGCAAUAAGUUUUAUGUACAGAUUGUUACUUACAGGAGCCCAAAAACGUUACUUUGAAAAAUUAUCAAUUUACUGUGACAGAUAUGCUGAACAAAUUCCAGUAACCUUUGUGCUUGGGUUUUAUGUUACUCUGGUGGUGAACCGAUGGUGGAACCAGUUUGUGAAUCUGCCCUGGCCAGACAGGCUGAUGUUCCUCAUCUCCAGCAGUGUUCACGGAAGUGACGAGCAUGGGCGCCUGCUCAGGAGGAUACUGAUGCGCUACGUCAACCUCACAUCCCUGCUCAUCUUCCGCUCGGUGAGCACGGCCGUGUACAAGAGGUUUCCGACGAUGGACCAUGUGGUUGAAGCAGGUUUUAUGACAGCAGAUGAAAGAAAAUUAUUUGAACACCUCAAAUCUCCUCAUCUGAAAUACUGGGUUCCAUUCAUCUGGUUUGGAAAUCUUGCAGCUAAAGCCCGGAAGGAAGGUAGAAUCAGAGACAGUGUUGAUCUGCAAUCAUUGAUGACUGAAAUGAACCGGUUUCGCUCCUGGUGCAGCCUCUUAUUUGGUUAUGACUGGGUUGGGAUUCCGCUGGUCUACACCCAGGUUGUCACGCUAGCUGUCUACACCUUCUUCUUUGCGUGCCUGAUUGGACGCCAGUUUUUGGAUCCCACCAAAGGCUACUCAGGGCAUGACUUAGAUCUUUACAUUCCGAUCUUUACUCUCCUACAAUUCUUCUUCUAUGCAGGAUGGCUCAAGGUAGCUGAGCAACUUAUCAACCCUUUUGGAGAAGAUGAUGAUGACUUUGAAACUAACUGGUGCAUUGACAGAAAUCUGCAGGUCUCCCUUUUAGCCGUGGAUGAAAUGCACAUGAGCUUACCCAAAAUGAAGAAGGACAUUUACUGGGACGAUUCUGCUGCUCGACCACCGUAUACACUGGCAGCUGCUGACUACUGCAUACCCUCAUUUCUGGGGUCAACAGUUGAAAUGGGGCUGUCGGGGUCUGACCUGCCUGGCGAGGACUGGCUGUGGGAUUACGAGAAGCAUGGCCAUCGCCGCUCCAUGAUCGGAAGAGUCAAGAGGUUCCUGAGCACCCACGAACGCGCCUCCAGCCCCAGGAGGAGAAGCUACAGGAGACAGGCCAGCGACAGCUCCACGUUCUUACCCCCGGGCGACCUCAGCCCAGCCAGGGACCUGCUGCACGUGCCCUCGAGAAGUCCCCACCAUGCCUCAGCCACCUGGAAGCACCCCUGCACCCCAGAGGGGAGCCCCAAGCUGCACGCCAGCCUGGGAGAGCUGCCCACCCUCCGACAGGCCAGCCUGACUCCACCGUCCAGUGUGAGGGGCUACCCCACCAAACCGCCGCGGGUCCCUGAGGUACUGGUCACAGCAGCCGAAGCGGCAGUGUCCAGGGCAGAGGACGACCACCACGACUCCAUGGCCUCUAUCCAGAGCUCUGACUUCACUGGGGUUCAGCCGAGCAGGACUGGGCAGCAGGAGGACCCUGUGGGGUCAGUCCCGUUCCCCUCAGAGAAAGGGGCACCUUCUAGGGACCCCAGUUCCCAGACUGUUCCAGCCAAAGCUGAGAGAAACCUCCUCCAGUUUGCCUCUGAGGAGGACCCUCAUGAGAGUGACAAGUCCCCAGAAAGGUGGAGCCUCCCGAGGUUGGUGGAGUCCAGCCGCACCUCCCUGGCAGGCCUAAGUCCGGAUCCCGUGAGCCCUGAGCCAGUUCCUUUACUUGACACAGAAACAUCCUCAGAGACCGGUGGAAUCAACAUUGUGGCUGGUUCUCGAGUCUCUCCUGAUGUGCUGUAUUUAAUAGAAAACCUGGACACCAAGGAAACGGAUAUCAUAGAGUUUAACCACGAGCAAACGGAGGAGUCACCCAAAGGAAGGCCAGAAAGUUCUAGGACCUGGCUCUAGCCUAGAUUCUUACUUUCCCAAAAGUUCAAGUAUUAGUUCCAGAACAUCCCUGGGGGCUGGUCAAUUUUUUUUUAAAUGAUCAUACCGUAUAAGCUACUUAAAACUUUGAAGGGCAUUAUGAUCCUGACUUUCUGAGACCUGAGAAAAUCAAACACAUUCACGCCACCCACUACAAAGUGACUUUCAUGGAAGUUACGCAGACCACAGUGAGGUAUCUUAACCAAAUAAGGAACCUUAAAUAUAUAAAUAUAUACGCCUUAUAAAUUCAUAGAUUGUUAGCUUUGCAAAGGGCUUUAUAGAUCAUGGUCCAAUCCCCUAGU